CUCUCUCUCUCUUUCUUUUUCCUAGCAAGUAAGGUUCCUCUUCAUUCUCAUACAAUUACUACUGUGAAUUUGUUUGAGGAUUUCAAAGAAAGGUGUUAUUAAUUGGUUUAAAGUGCAUAUCUAUAUAUGACCAUGAUAUUUACCAAAGGGAGUGGAGGAGUUGUCCAAAAUCUAUGCAACUUCAUUGUCCAGUACUGCACCUUGGUGGGACACUACUGAAUUCAAUAUUUCCUCUGACUAUCAAUCAUGUGAUUCCAAAUCUUCAGAAAAGCUUUCAAAUGCUGUUUCUAUGCAACCAUAUAAUAUGGACUAUCAAGGACACUUUGAGCUAGGAUUUGCUCAGCCCCUGGGCCGGAUUAUGCUACCAUUGAAUUUGACGUCUGAUGAAGGUCCAAUAUUUGUCAAUGCCAAGCAGUAUCAUGGUAUACUUAGGCGUCGAAAGUUUCGUGCAAAGGAAAUGGAGAAUAAACUGCUUAAACCACGCAAGCCGUUCUUGCACCUCUCACGCCAUCUCCAUGCCAUGCGUCGACCUAGGGGAGGUGGUGGCCGCUUCUUGAACACGAGGAAGACGAACGGAAGUACCAAUGAUGAUACGAAUGGUACAACCAAGACUAGUAACAGGAAAUCUCAACCCACUAGAUCACAAAAUUCUGAAGUUCUACAGUCUGACUCGGAUCAUAUAGGCAAUUUUAACUCGCCAAAGGAAACAACUAGCAGAAUGUCAUGUAAUUCAUCAGAGAUCACUAGCUUGUACUCCAGGGGAAAUUUUGAUACUUUUCCAAUUCAGAAUCCUAGGCCCUCUGUUGAGACAUUUCUUGAUAUGAUGAAUACUGGCCAUGAUAUUCUCAUGGCCAGUAAGUGGGGUUCUGCAGUAGCAGACAGCUGCUGCAACCUCAAAAUUUGAUAACUUCUCGUCCUUACUACAACCAAAUGGAGGUCUUUGACCGCGAUUUGGUUGAUAGAAUAGGCAGAUCAUCCUUGGCUAUCGACAGGCAGUUCAUCCUUGGCUUAUCCGCAUUAAGGUGUUGCCUCUAUCAUUCCAUUGCUCACAAGCUACGUGGAUGUUACGAGGGGCUAAAUCCUUAGUGCACUUUAAUUAUAGCAAUAGUAAGAUGUAUGUCCUAAAGUUAAAUAAGUUCAUGAAGGUCCAAAUUAUCAGGUUUGUGAUGAUGUGUAUGUGUUGGUUUGUAAAAAUUUAGAGUUGAAGUAUGAUUUGGUAUUUGGUGUGUUUGAGACUGGACUUGUACUUAGAUGGAAGUGCAGUAUUUAUGAUAUAAUAUUUUGGACAUAAGUUUGUAAAAUA